GUCCAAGCAAUCUCCACAGGACGACCUGCGGUUUAAGUCUACACAUAGCAUGGUCAUACCGAAACCAUUAAGCACUCAGGAUGAAGAUUGAUAUCCACAAUCACAUUUUACCGAAGGAAUGGCCCGAUCUUAAAGAGAGGUAUGGAUAUGAUGGAUUUGUACAACUACAUCAUCACUGCAAAGGUGAGGCCAAGAUGAUGAAAGAUGGGAAGGUGUUCCGUGUGAUCCAGGAGAACUGCUGGAACCCAGAUGUCCGGAUUCGUGACAUGGAUAAGUUUGGGGUGACGGUACAAGCUCUGUCCACGGUCCCAGUCAUGUUCAGUUACUGGGCAAAGCCCGAGGACACCCUGGACCUAUGCCAGUUCCUGAACGAUGACCUGGCAGCGGUGGUGGCCCAGCACCCGCGCCGCUUCGUGGGCCUCGGCACACUGCCCAUGCAGGUACCCCACCUGGCCGUGCAGGAAAUGCGACGCUGCGUCAAGGAGCUCGGCCUGGCGGGGGUCCAGAUCGGCUCGCAUGUCAACGAGUGGAACCUCAGCGCCCCCGAGCUGCACCCCGUCUAUGCCGAAGCUGAAAAGCUGAACUGCCCCUUGUUGGUGCACCCUUGGGACAUGCAGACUGAUGGGCGAAUGGCCAAAUACUGGCUCCCCUGGCUGGUCGGGAUGCCGUCAGAGACGACGACAGCAAUUUGCUCCAUGAUGUUCGGAGGUGUCUUUGAGAAAUUCCCCAAGCUAAAGGUCUGCUUUGCCCAUGGAGGUGGUUCCUUCCCAUACACACUGGGCCGGAUUGAACACGGGUUUCAGGUUAGACCCGAUCUGUGUGCUGUGGAUUGUAAGGUCAACCCAAAGAAAUGCCAGGGAGCCUUCUACACUGACUCACUAGUCCAUGACCCUAUGGCCCUGAAGCUCCUGGUUGAAGUAGUUGGGGAGGACAGGGUCUUGCUGGGAACAGACUACCCUUUCCCACUGGGAGAACUGGAACCUGGCUCACUAAUAGAGUCAAUUCAUGAAUUUGACGGCACUUUGAAGGACAAACUACUUGCAAGCAAUGCUUUGGAGUUUUUGGGUAUCGAAAGGACAUGGUUUGAGUGACAAAAAAUCUUGGACUCAUCAACACAGAGGCUGAGAAGGGUUGAAACGAACAUGAUCUUAUUAAGCCAAAUGAACUUCAGACCAUGACACUUUCUCAACUAGUACAUAAAGUAUAAUGCUUAAAGCCUAAAUAUAAAAACUCUGAAACAAAAAGACAGCAAAUUAUUCCCUGCCUUGUGCCCGUAGCUUCCAGGAUAGGCUCUGGACACCUGUGACCCUGAAAUGCACAAGGGGGUAUAGAAAAUGGAUGGAUGGAUGGAUGGAUGGAUGGAUGGAAAAAAGGCUCCCAUUGCAUUUGACUGAGAUCCCAUACAGUCUGUUAAAUGUAUUUGCCUCACCAGAAACUGAGCACUUACUCCAGGUCUCAAAGCUGGGAAAGUUUGCAGAGUUUAUUCCUGGUGUAUAUUGAUAAUUAAAUUAAUCAUAACUAGA